AAAAGCAGAAGCGUUCGCUCUGGCUUCACACAUUCUCUUGUGUUUUGCUAUCUAUCAAGCAGAGAAAAAUGUCUGGUCGAGGAAAGGGAGGUAAGGGGCUCGGGAAAGGAGGCGCCAAGCGUCACCGCAAAGUUCUCCGUGAUAACAUCCAGGGCAUCACCAAGCCCGCCAUUCGCCGCCUGGCUCGCCGCGGCGGAGUCAAGCGUAUCUCCGGGCUCAUCUACGAGGAGACCCGCGGGGUGCUCAAGGUUUUCCUGGAGAACGUCAUCCGCGACGCCGUCACCUACACUGAGCACGCCAAGAGGAAGACCGUCACUGCCAUGGACGUGGUGUACGCGCUCAAGAGGCAGGGCCGCACUCUCUACGGCUUCGGAGGCUAAACUGGACUGACACUGCUCAACAACACAAAGGCUCUUCUAAGAGCCGCCCACUCCCGUUUUCAGAGCUGCUCUCCUUAGUUCUACAUAUCACAUGCAAUAUCGAACUAUCUGAUUAAACCACCAAGAAGUUUGAGGAAAUAGUUGGGCACGGCAGCUACUUUACAUGUUAUUCUAGCACGGAGUGUGUGUGUGUAGUAUGUCUUCAAUUUUCACCUUUCACUUAAAUUUAUUUGUUUACCAUAUGUGUAUGUGAGUUACUAAGCCUAAUGGGGCAGCUCUAUAGUUUCUUUACAAUAUGCUUAUUUAGGAUUGACAGUAAGAUGAUAUAAAAUGUUCAGCUCUGGCUUCUUAUUGGUUAAAAUGUACCGCAUGUGUUUUUGAGGUACUGAAGGUAUGGAGUCUAGAGCACAUACUAGCCUUUGACUUUUCCAUGUUUAUCAUGCUCUUUGUACUUAAAUAUGAAACUUGCAGUAAACCAUUGGAACAAA